GUUGCGCAGGCGCAGUGAGGGGGUGUAGCGGUGUCCAACGCGGCACUUCCUGGAGAAAGACGGUGACGUGUGUCGAGUGGUGGGAGAGAAAUCGGGGAGAUGCUGACGAAGUUCGAGACCAAGUCCGCCCGAGUGAAAGGGCUGAGCUUUCACCCGAAGAGGCCGUGGGUCCUCACCAGUUUGCACAAUGGUGUCAUUCAGCUGUGGGAUUACCGCAUGUGCACUCUUAUCGACAAGUUUGAUGAGCACGACGGUCCCGUCCGUGGCAUUGACUUCCACAAGCAGCAGCCACUGUUUGUAUCUGGGGGAGAUGAUUAUAAAAUCAAGGCGUGGAAUUACAAGCUCCGCCGCUGCCUCUUCACUCUGCUGGGACACCUCGAUUAUAUCCGCACCACCUUCUUCCAUCAUGAGUACCCCUGGAUCCUGAGUGCAUCCGAUGAUCAGACUAUCCGCAUCUGGAACUGGCAGUCUCGCACUUGUGUUUGCGUUCUUACUGGUCACAACCAUUACGUCAUGUGCGCUCAGUUCCACCCCUCUGAAGACCUGGUGGUAUCUGCCAGCUUGGAUCAGACUGUGCGAGUUUGGGAUAUUUCUGGCCUGAGGAAGAAGAAUCUGUCUCCUGGAGCGGUGGAAGCCGAUGUCCGGGGGAUCUCUGGGGUGGAUCUGUUUGGGACUUCGGAUGCUGUGGUUAAGCAUGUUCUAGAGGGGCACGAUCGUGGAGUUAACUGGGCCGCCUUCCACCCCACCAUGCCUUUGAUCGUAUCCGGAGCAGAUGACCGACAAGUCAAAAUCUGGAGGAUGAACGAUUUUGCUCCACCAAGCACGGGCCAGUCCCCAGCGGACAUGCUGAGAGAGUCCAAAGCCUGGGAAGUGGACACAUGCCGUGGUCAUUACAACAACGUCUCAUGCGCCGUCUUUCAUCCCCGCCAAGAGCUGAUUCUCAGUAACUCUGAGGACAAAAGCAUUAGAGUGUGGGACAUGUCCAAAAGGACUGGAGUCCAGACAUUCCGCAGAGACCACGACCGCUUCUGGGUACUCGCCGCCCACCCCAAUCUUAACCUUUUUGCAGCAGGACAUGAUGGUGGGAUGAUCGUGUUCAAGCUGGAACGAGAGCGGCCCGCAUAUGCAGUGCAUGGCAAUAUCUUGUAUUAUGUGAAGGACAGAUUCCUGCGCCAGUUGGACUUUAACAGCUCCAAGGAUGUGGCUGUGAUGCAGCUAAGAAGCGGCUCCAAGUUCCCAGUGUUCAAUAUGUCGUACAACCCAGCUGAAAAUGCCGUCCUGCUUUGCACGAGAGCCAGCAACCUGGAAAACAGCACUUAUGACUUGUACACCAUCCCCAAGGAUACCGACUCCCAGAAUCCUGAUGCCCCUGAAGGGAAGCGAUCCUCUGGUCUGACUGCGGUGUGGGUGGCGCGGAAUAGAUUUGCAGUCCUGGAUCGCAUGCAUUCUAUUCUCAUCAAGAACCUGAAGAACGAGAUCACCAAGAAGGUCCAGGUGCCCAACUGUGAUGAGAUCUUCUAUGCCGGGACUGGGAACCUGCUUCUCCGAGACUCUGACUCCAUUACUCUCUUUGAUGUUCAGCAGAAGCGCACCCUGGCAUCUGUGAAGAUCUCCAAAGUGAAGUAUGUCAUUUGGUCAUCAGACAUGUCCCAUGUGGCUCUUCUGGCCAAGCAUGCUAUUAUGAUCUGCAAUAGAAAGCUGGAAUCCCUCUGCAACAUCCACGAGAAUAUCCGCGUCAAGAGUGGCGCUUGGGACGAGAGUGGGGUGUUCAUCUACACUACCAGCAACCACAUCAAAUACGCACUCACCACCGGAGAUCACGGUAUUAUUCGUACACUGGAUCUCCCCAUUUACAUCACACGCGUCAAGGGCAACAAUGUAUAUUGCCUGGAUCGGGAAUGCAGACCUCGGGUGCUAACAAUUGAUCCGACUGAAUUCAAGUUCAAGCUCGCUUUGAUUAACCGGAAGUACGAUGAGGUGCUGCACAUGGUGAGAAACGCUAAACUCGUGGGUCAGUCCAUAAUUGCCUACCUCCAAAAGAAGGGCUACCCAGAGGUGGCGCUGCACUUUGUGAAGGAUGAGAAGACCCGAUUCGGCCUGGCUCUGGAAUGUGGAAACAUUGAGAUCGCCCUUGAAGCAGCCAAGGCUCUGGAUGACAAGAAUUGCUGGGAGAAGUUGGGAGAGGUGGCCCUGCUACAGGGGAACCACCAGAUUGUGGAGAUGUGCUACCAGCGCACCAAGAACUUUGACAAGCUCUCCUUCCUUUACCUCAUCACUGGCAACCUGGAAAAACUGCGCAAGAUGAUGAAAAUCGCCGAGAUCCGCAAAGACAUGAGUGGCCAGUACCAGAAUGCGCUGUUCCUUGGGGAUGUGGAUGAAAGGGUGCGGAUACUGAAGAACUGUGGGCAGAAAUCUCUGGCCUACCUGACAGCCGCCACCCAUGGAAUCAACGAUGAAGAGGAGAGCUUGAGGGAGUCCUUUGACCCAGAAAAAGAAAUAAUUCCAGAGGUCGACCCUGAUGCUAUACUGCUGAUGCCCCCACCCCCCAUCAUGCCUCUGGACACUAAUUGGCCUCUGUUGACCAUGUCUAAGGGCUUCUUUGAAGGAAGCAUUGCAAACAAAGGUAAGGGUGGAGCACUGGCUGCAGAUAUCGAUGUGGAUACUGUGGGAGGUGAAGGCUGGGGAGAAGACGCUGAGCUUCAGCUGGAUGAAGAUGGUUUUGUGGAUGCUGGGGAAAACUUUGGAGACGAGGUGGCAGGCAAAGGGCAUGAAGAGGGUGAAGGAUGGGAUGUGGAGGAGGAUCUUGACCUUCCCCCUGAGCUGGAUGUUCCCUCUGGCCCGUCUGGCUCAGCUGAAGAUGGCUUCUUUGUGCCCCCAACUAAAGGCAACAGUCCAGCUCAGACAUGGUGUAAUAACUCCCAGCUUCCUGUUGAUCACAUCCUGGCCGGCUCCUUUGAAACUGCAAUGCGGUUGCUCCAUGACCAAGUUGGCGUGGUAAACUUUGGCCCAUUUAAGCAACACUUCCUCCAUACCUUCUCCCGGGGUCGCAGCACUUACCAGGCCCUGCCAGGCCUCCCUGCCAUGUAUGGCUACCCUCAACGUAAUUGGAAGGACGCUGGCUUGAAGAACGGGCUUCCUGCUGUUGGCCUGAAGCUCAACGACUUGAUACAACGCUUACAGCUCUGCUACCAGUUUACUACUUCCGGCAAGUUUGAGGAGGCUGUGGAGAAGUUCCGGCUGAUCCUUCUCAGCGUGCCGCUGCUUGUCGUGGAUAAUAAGCAAGAGAUUUCAGAGGCCCAGCAGCUGAUCACUAUUUGUCGGGAAUACAUUGUUGGUCUGUCCAUGGAGAUAGAUCGCAAGAAACUUCCGAAAGACACUUUGGAGCAACAAAAACGUAUCUGUGAGAUGGCCGCCUAUUUCACACACUCCAGCCUGCAGCCCGUGCACAUGAUUCUGGUACUGAGAACAGCCGUCAAUCUCUUCUUCAAACUCAAGAAUUUCAAAACCGCUGCUACUUUUGCCCGGCGACUCCUAGAGCUCGGUCCCAAGCCAGAGGUUGCCCAACAGACCCGUAAAAUAUUGUCCGCUUGUGAGAAGAACCUGACGGACACCUAUCAGCUCAAUUAUGAUAUGCACAACCCCUUCGAUAUCUGCGCUGCCUCUUACCGGCCCAUUUACAGAGGGAAACCUGUAGAGAAAUGCCCAUUGAGUGGAGCCUGCUACAGCCCUGAGUUCAAAGGACAAAUCUGUAGGGUCACAACAGUGACAGAAAUCGGCAAGGAUGUGAUUGGGUUGAGGAUCAGUCCUCUGCAGUUCCGUUAAGCACCAACGUGCGAUCUGUGCGGAGCUGCACAUUUUUCCUUUUCUCUGUAGUCAUUGCUUGUGUUGCACGAUUUAAUCUCUCCUUCCGUGAAAGCUGGUCACAGUGUAUGAGUGUAUUAGCCACGGGAAGAAACUAACACUGCUCUAGUCUCUCAGCAAACAAGUUCAAAUAAAGGUGAAAACAUUA